AUGAUGGUAAAGUUCCCGGAUAUUGGAAAUGGACUAAAAAUGAAAAUUGUUGUUGUUUUUAUACUUGUAUGUUGCCUUGAAUGCGUAGUCAGUGCUCCAGUACAGUCAGAUGUGCUCCAAAUAAGUACUUUCAACAUGUGGAAUGUAAUGUUCAACUGGCCAAUAAGAAAAUUUGGACUGAUACAAAUGCUAACAAAAAUAAACCCAGAUAUCAUCGCCUUUCAAGAGGUUCGAGCAGAUGUUAGGACAGGAGAAAAUCAAAUCAAUGAAAUACAGAAGCUACUUCCUCGCUAUAAAUGGAGCUACUUCCACCCAAUCAAUGACAUUAUUCCAAUGAAAAAUACAUACCUUACUGGAUGGGAGAGAGAAGGUAUUGGAUUUCUAAGUCAAUAUCCUGUGAUAAAGACUAAAAUAAAAAGACUAGCAUACCAUGAUGGACCCGACAAAAACAAACGAGAAAUACUUCAUGCUCAGCUUGGUCUUGGCCAUGGUAGAAGCAUAGAUCUGAUAGUGGUGCACCUGUCAUAUGAUAGGCAACAGCAAUGUGGAAAUACUGUGGAGAUUAUGCAAUAUAUUCAAGAAAAUUCCCUCAAGAAUGCUAUAGUUGUGGGUGACUUCAAUACUUAUAAUCACUUUGAGUGGCCAGUUCAGGUACUUACUCUACCAGACAUCACACCAGACAACAAGUGCUACAGAUCUGCUAGACUUGUGAAGAGAUCUGAAGAAUUUGUGCUACAAGAUACUUGGAAAGAUAUUCAUAUUGUUCAACCAGGCUUUACAUUUAGUAAUAUGCCCAAUCCAGGCUUAGAAAGCAGACCUGAUAGGAUACUUGCAAGUAAACAAUUUAGACCAGUCAACAGUAAAUUAACAGGCAAUGGGACGCAAUACAAAGCACUGUAUUCUAGUCAUAUAAUAUGGAACAGAAUGAGAAAUGUACUGUAUGCAGGUUACGAGACAUAUUUAGGAUUUAAAGGACGAUCAUGUCGCUAUGAUUGUGGCCCAAAUGCAUCAUGUAGAUGCGGAAUAUGUGUCAGUGGUGGUGAUAAAAAUAUAUGUAAUGCUCCGGAUUGUCCAGAAUGCUCCGAGAAAAUCUAUAGGAUAUUUUUAGUCUACACAGCUGCCUGGACUUUAAUUUUUGUGAUAUUUUUGUAUUCAGUUUUCAGAUUGGUGUACAUUCUGAACAAGAGGCAUCCCGAUAGUGAAGAUUGCUGUAUUUGUAACCCAGAGCUGUACAACACUGUGAGAAUACGUAGAUCUAAUAUCAAGUGUCUCUUAAGGAUUUUUCCUUGUUUAAAAUUGCCACCAUUUUUUCUAUUCAUAUUUGGGUUGUUUUCACUAUUUACACUUUUAAUCAUUGGCAGUCAUUUAUUUAAGGAGCCACUAAGUAUUAUUUAUAAAGUAAUACCGGAGGAAUAUUUUCCCUCUGAUCAUUUAAUGUUGACAGUAUCUCUUGCCUUUGAUUCCUGACACAAUCUCUAAUUUGAUCUGUGAGAUUUUUAAGGGCGUUAGCUUGCCAGUUUUGAAGCAUUUUAAACUGCCUUCUUUUGAUGGCUGCUUGAUUAGGCCAGUUUGAAAGUUUUUUUAUACUCUAAACAUCUUUAGAAUGAUUGGAGAAGAUGUUUGAAUGCAUUGUAAGAUUAUAUAACCUAUGCUUCUUGGAGAAUGGCCAAAAUCAGACCAGCCUCCAUUUUUAAAUUAUUGAUGUCAUUUUGAUUUCUUAUGGACAGAUGAAAAUUUAUAAACUAUAGAUUGUAACAUGUUUUUAUUCCAUUGUGUAUUUAUUUUUUAUUUAUCAAAGCACAAAAAUGUAUUAAGCACACAUUUGAUAUGGUUUUGUGGUGUAUUUGGUCUUCAAAUAUGCUUUCUAUUUCCCACAUAUGUCAGAUAUUGGGUAAAGUCUGGGGAAUGUUGCAAUACUGUGAUUAGGUUCUGUAAUUUUGAAAAAUUGAGGAGAGUGAGGAUUAAUGUAUAAAUAUAAAUAAUAUAACUAGGCAACCAUUGUCACCUCUGACCAAUCAGAAUGCAGUAUAACUAUCUAUGGUCUUGAAAUGUUUUGUCAUCAUUAAUAAGUGAGCCCAAGCACAAAUUGGAUAGUAUGAAGCAAAACAUGAGACUAUAAGUCUAGUAUCUGAGCUAACAUACUAUUCAAUGAGCGAAUCACCUCACAGUAGAUUGGAUGGGAGUGUAAAAUGUUGGAAGCAUAAUUUUUUUAAAAAUCAUGCCAUUUUUAUUUGCUGAAAAGAGAAUUGAGAUAUCUAUGCAAAUACAGAAGCUGUCAAAGAUAUUAAAAAUGCAGAAAUUUCCAAAUUCAUUACACAAUAACAGCCUUAAAGGCCAAAGGAUUCACUUGACACAGAGUCAGAACUACUGGACUAUUUAGCAAAUAUGCAUUAGAACAUGAGAGUUGAGAUAUUGUAGAAUUGUGACAAUUUUUUACUCAUUUCUGUCCCUUCUACUCCUUUGAGUGAUGGAUUGACAGAUGCCUUACUCAUUUUCACACAGAUGGCAAAACAUUCAAAUAAACAAAUUUAUUGAAAGCAAUAAAAUUAACAUUUUGCAUGGGUAUAAAACCUGAAAACAAAUUGUUUAAUGUUUUAAUGUUUAAUGUUUAAAUUAACAAAAUUGAAAGC